AUGUCGCUACAUCACACCCCUCCGUCCAAGGGACUGGAGCAGCCACCCGUCACACCGGCAGGGCCAAGCCACAUCGAACUACCUCAUGGGAGUGCAUCCCAAUUGGAGCUGCUCAUUGACAUGGGGCCUCCGUUCAGUGACAAUGUCAUCGAGUCUAUCACAGCGUGUAAAAUUCCACCGUUUUGGAAACAACAGCCAGCUCUGUGGUUCGCGCAAAUAGAAUCACUAUUUCAGAUACAUCGUAUCCGCUCUGAUGACGGCAGGUAUCACCUCGUCAUCGGUGCACUCGACUUUGAAGCAAUUCAGGAAAUAGCGGACAUCCUGGCAUCACCACCUGUCAUUGACAAGUAUGUCACUUUGAAAACGCAGUUACUUGCACGUUUCGCAGACUCUGCAGACAAGCAGCUCCACCGUCUACUCACAGACUUGGAGCUUGGCAACCGCAAGCCCUCGCAACUCCUCCGUCACAUGAGGACGCUUGCAGGCGACCGAAUGUCACAGGACAUCCUGCGAGUGCGCUGGCUAGCACUUCUACCACCCGGGACAGCGAGUCCUCAAGAUCCUUCGGACAACCUGCUUAGAGGACCUCUCAACAGUUGCAGACGAGCUCAUGGAAGACUCUUCUACAUCUCAAGUUCUUGCAGUUGCUGCAAGAACCAUUCACCGUCACCAGGUAGACUGGGAGCUGCCGACACUCAAACCAUUCAGCGGUUAGGAGAAGCAGUAACCACCAUGCAACAGUCCGUCGCACACCUGACGACUCUACUUGAGCGCCUGCUGCCUGCUGUUGUCCACCAAGGACAGCUCACCCAGCGUCAACUCAGUGGUGCUAUUACCACCGCCGCUUCGGUGCUGCUGCGAGACGAUGCCAGCAGCCGUGCAGCUUUACACUCCAAGCUACCAAUGCAAAUGGCACGGGAAACUGACGUCGCUGCCGUCGACAUAGGCAAUCGGCGACAGCAAGCAGCGCCUAAUGAGAAAAGACUCCAGGUUUUUGACAGGACCACGAACAUUAGUUUCUUGGUCGAUUCUGGAUCCGUUGUUUCGCUGAUUCCUCGGAAGUGCGUGCACAGGAAGCUCACUCCUACCGAGCUACAACUAUUCGCCGCCAAUUCAUCAGCUAUCUGCACAUUUGGUCAGCAGCCGCUCACCCUCGAACUCGGACUUCGCCGCGCAUUAAAAUGGUCGUUCAUCAUUGCUGAUGUGAACUCAGCGAUCAUCGGAGCUGAUUUUCUCUCACACUACGGUCUAAUCAUUGAUCUUUCUCGACAAGGCCUUGUGGAUUCAAAAACCAGCCUUGCCACACAGGGUCAGGUAUGUGAAACAACCAUUUUUAGUGUCUCCGCAACCAGCCAGCACAAUCUUCCGAACUCACCACACCGAGAGGCAUAUGCCACACUACUGGACUCGCACGCUGCAGUCUUCGCACCAAGGCCAACUCCUUCAGCGAUCUGCUUUGACGGGAUCGCACAUCACAUAGAAACCACAGGACCUCCAGUGUUUGAGCGUCCACGACGACUUCUAGGUGACAAAUUGGCAGCCGCCAAGGCAGACUUCAACCUUCUCUUGCAUCUCGGGGUCGUGCAACCUUCACGCAACAGAUAUCCGAUUCCACGAAUAGAGGACAUCCUGCAACAGUUGCACGAGAAAAAGGUCUUUUCCACGCUAGACCUAAUCCGAGCGUAUCAUCAAAUUCCUGUUGCACCGGAGGACGCCCCCAAAACCGCUGUCACGGCACCUUUCGGCCUGUUUGAAUUCUUAGGCAUGCCGCCUGGACUCCGAAAUGCCAGGCAAACGUUCCAACGGCAUAUGAAUAAUAUACUGCGCGGGAUCAACUUUGCUGCAUGCUACGUGGAUGACAUCAUCGUCUUCUCAGACAGUCAUGAAGAACAUCUUCAACAUCUCGAUGCCGUUCUCAGAGUGCUCCAGGAGAACAACUUUCCAGUCCAUGCGACCAAAUUCUUCUUUGGACAGGAUUCUGUGCGUUAUCUCGGCUACACCGUCUCACAGACUGGACUUAAACCACCACUCGACGGGGUAACAGCCAUUCAACAGUUCCCAAAACCCAAGACCAUCACAGAUCUACGCCGCUUCUUGGGGAUGGUAAACUAUUACCGUCGAGUAUUGCCGAAUACCGCUCAACAGCAAGCUCCGCUAACUAGACACCUGAAGGAUGCGAAGAAGAGGGAUAAGCGAGAGAUUCACUGGACAACGGAGACAGAGGCUGCGUUCCAGAAAUGCAAGGACGCAUUGACAGCUGCCACACACUCAGCCUUCCUCGCUCCGGAUGCACCUCUCACACUGACGACCGAUGCUAUUGACUCCGCUAUAGGCGCGUCACUCGAGCAGCAGAUAGACGGACACUGGCAGCUGCUUGGAUUCUUCUCACGGAAACUCUCUCCGACCGAGCAGAAGUACUCCACAUAUGACCGAGAGCUUCUUGCUGUGUUCGCUGCCGUCAAAUUCUUCAAGCACAUACUUGAAGGAAGAGUAUUCCAGUUCACCACGGACAUAGUCCAUGUGAGAGGCGAAAACAACGUGGUUACAGACACGCUCUCCAGGAUCAGCGCAAUUGAGAUGCCAAGCACGCUCUCAGCGAAAAUCAUUGCAAACGCGCAAGAAGCAGAUCCAGAACUCGCAGACAUCGUAAGAUCCACGUCGCUCGAGCCGAACCUUCGGAUCGAGGAAGAAGACAUCUGGUGUGAUGUAUCGAUGGGCAUCGUACGACCGUACCUACCACAACCACUUCGACGCAAGGCAUUCGACAUCAUCCAUGGUCCGGCUCAUCCGAGCGCUCGCUCAACGCUGAAGUGCAUCAAACAGAAACUCAUCUGGCCAGGCAUCAACCAAGAUGUUUCUCGCUGGGCACGCGAGUGUUUACCGUGCCAGCGACCAAAAGUCAGCAGACACAACAAACCACAGCCUGAAUAUCGAAGCAGCGGACAACCGAUUCAAUCACAUCCAUUUGGACCUGAUAGAGCUACCGCCUGUACGAGAUGGCCAGUUGCACUUCCACUACCGAACAUUGAAGCAGACACUGUAACAUCCGCUCUCUUCAAUCACUGGAUAUGCAACUUCGGAACUCCACUGACGAUCACCACAGAUCAGGGAACGCAGUUUGAAUCUGCACUCUUCCAGUCGUUAGCGCGAUUGAUUGGCGCACCUCGGAUUCGCACUACGCCGUAUCAUCCUCAAGCGAACGGACUCAUCGAAUGCUGGAAUCGCACCCUGAAGGCAGCGCUGAGAUGCCACGCACCAACACCGUGGCCAGACAUCUUACCAACCGUCCUUCUUGGCCUAAGAGCAUGCAUGAAGGAGGAUCCGCAAGCGUCUCCAGCAAAGCUUCUUUCGGCACAACACUACGGUUACCGGAAACCUCUAAAAACGAUAAAAAACGGGUAUCCCGAUACUGUGUUGGAUAUAGAGCUAUUCAAAAUAGGUUCUAAUAGUAGUUGGUUCAUCGAAUCUAAAUUAUAUGCUACGAUCACCCUGGAACGUCACAGUUGUUCUCAAACCACAAAAAGGGCCUCAAAAGCCCUUACAAACGAUCAGAAAACAUCUAUGUCUAAUUUAAUGCAUCAUAGGACAGACUUCAACAUAGAUGCCGAAUGGCACUUCUUCGGAACAGCGCACGGAAAAGGUUCCUGCGAUGAUGUUGGUGCAAUUAGAUUUCGCAACACUCCACCUGUUGCGAGAAUGCAAAUAGCUCACGCAAUCAUACCUCAAUCUGACUGCAAGCAAUGCUAUAUUCGGGUGCUCAAAAACCUAUGGUUACAGUGGCAUACGAGAUCGGAGAAAUAUCUCAAUUGCCGAAAGCGGAACAUCGCUUGA